AUGGCCGGGCAAAUUCAUCCUUCGCGCCAGGCCUAUGUCGAGGAAUCGCACGAGGCAGAUACUAGCAUUGACCUCGCAAGACUUCCUACCGAUAACAACUACUCAAUUCCCUCGCUUGCAGCUGGCGUACCUUCACAGCAAUCAUCCGUCCUUCUCGAUGAGUUCGCUCGCAAACGCAAGGCCGCCCAGAUCGCAGUACCGACAGAUGACCUUCGAGUACGCGCUGAGCUUCGGGCACGAGGAGAGCCCAUCACACUCUUUGGCGAGAAGCGGGAAGAUCGACGCGAUCGACUUCGUGAGAUUCUGUUUGCUGUGCAAGAAGGGGCCGAUGACGAUGAUUCCAUGCUUGAGGGUGACGAGGACGAGGAGGACGAAGAGGUGCCUACAGAAUUCUUCACCAAAGGCAGCGAGGAAUUACGCAAAUCUCGACAAGACAUCUUGAAAUUUUCGAUUCCUCGAGCAAAUCAGAGAGUGGCAUUCCAGAAAGCCGAGUCGACCAUUUCUGUGCAGACUCACGUACAACACAGGCAUGCGAUCAAACAGAAUUUGGGCGCGUUUGAGCUAUUCGGCAGUCAGAUCGCUUGUGGACGAGCGGUAUCAGCUGUGCGGUUUCAUCCGAAAGGCGAACUCUUGGCUGUCGGAGAUUGGACGGGUUCCGUUCAACUUCUCAAUGUGCCCAAUCUUGAUACCAAAAUGGUCCUCCGGGGACACAGGGCUAUGAUUGGUGGUCUAGCGUGGCACCCUGACGCAGACAUCACAUCAACGCCGUCACCGGGAACCAUCAGCCUAGCUUCGUCUGGCGGACAGGGCGAUAACGAUAUUCAUCUCUGGUCUCUAGCACAAGAUACGCCUGUCGCAACACUUAGUGGCCAUAGUGGGCGUGUCUGCAAAAUCGAAUUUCAUCCAUCUGGAAAAUAUUUGGCAAGCGCCAGCUACGACACGACCUGGCGAUUAUGGGACGUGGCUACCACAACAGAACUAUUGUCACAAGAGGGUCACAGCAGGGAAGUCUACGCUGUCGGGUUUCAGAGCGAUGGCAGUCUUAUUGCUACAGCUGGUUUGGACUCGAUCGGACGUGUCUGGGAUUUGAGGACAGGGAAGGCCAUAAUGGUAUUGGAAGGUCAUGCACAACCCAUCUAUGGAUUGGACUGGAACCCUGAUGGAUUCCGGAUAGCAACUGGCAGCGUUGACGGCUUCGCCAAAGUCUGGGACGUACGAGCCGUGCGCGAGAGCGCAAGCAUCGGCGCGAACGUUGGAGGUGUCACUGAAGUUCGGUGGUUCAAGGGCUCAGACGGCCCCUCAAUGGCAGCAUCGCCCCUGAAGCGCGAUUCGGUCAUGAAUGGCGACAGUUCUCAUGACACCGAGGAUGAAUACAUUCCGAAGAAGAGCGGCACCUUCCUCGUGAGCGGUGGAUUCGACAAAGCUGUGAACGUCUUCUCUAGCGAUGAUUGGGCGCUGUGCAAAUCGCUGACCGGUCAUGAUGGAGCUGUCUUAUCAGCUGAUAUUUCCACUGAUGCGCAAUGGAUCGCCUCGUGUGGCCGUGACAGGACUGUCAAGCUGUGGGCGAGCGACAUGGCUGGAGGAAUUUGA